AUUAUGGAAAGAGACAAUGACAGCUACCAACAGGCCUUCAUCCUGGUGGGCUUUUCUGAUCGGCCUCGACUGGAGAUGAUUCUCUUUGCUUUUAUCCUAGUCUUUUACGUCCUGACCCUAGUGGGUAACACUGCCAUCAUCCUCUUGUCGAUUGUGGACACCAGGCUCCACACACCCAUGUACUUCUUUCUUGGGAACCUGUCUUUCUUGGACCUCUGCUUUACAACGAGCAUUGUCCCCCAGCUGCUGUGGAACCUUUGGGGUCCAGAGAAGACCAUCACCUACCAUGGCUGUGUGGCCCAACUCUAUAUCUACAUGGUGUUGGGCUCCACUGAGUGUGUUCUCCUGGCUGUCAUGUCCUAUGACCGCUAUGUGGCCAUCUGCCGACCCCUACACUACACCGUGGUCAUGCACCCACGUCUCUGCCUUCAGCUGGUGGCCGUGGCUUGGUGCUGUGGCUUUCUAAACUCUUUUGUCAUGUGUCCCCAGACGAUGCAACUCUCCCGAUGUGGGUGUCGCAGGGUGGACCACUUUCUGUGUGAGAUGCCUGCUCUUAUUGCCAUGUCCUGUGAAGACACCAUGCUGGUGGAAGUGUCUGCCUUUGUUCUGGGGGUCGCCCUUCUCCUGGUGCCCCUUUCCCUUAUCCUCAUGUCCUAUGGCAUGAUCGCUGCCACUGUGCUGAGGAUCAAGUCAACAGUGGGGCGCAAGAAGGCUAUCAACACCUGCUCUUCUCACCUGAUGGUGGUCUCCCUCUUCUACGGAACCAUCAUCUACAUGUACCUGCAGCCAGCCAACAGCUACUCCCAGGAUCAGGGCAAGUUCCUCACCCUCUUCUAUACCAUCGUCACCCCUAGUGUCAACCCCCUCAUCUAUACCCUGAGGAACAAGGAUGUGAAGGGGGCAAUGAAGAAUUUCUUAGGAGGGAGAAGGGGGCUGGGGAAGCCUGAGUGA